AUGCUUGAAGAGAGAGAGAGUAAGGAGCCAGCCAUGAAUCCCUUCCAGAAAAAUGAAUCCAAGGAAACACUUUUUUUACCUGUCUCCACUGAAGAAGUACCACCUCGACCCCCCAGCUUUCCAAAGAAGCCAUCUCCGAAAAUCUGUGGCUCCAACUAUCCAUUGAGCAUUGCCUUCAUCGUGGUGAAUGAAUUUUGUGAGCGCUUUUCCUAUUAUGGCAUGAAAGCUGUGCUGACCCUGUACUUCCUGUAUUUCCUGCAUUGGAGUGAAGACACUUCCACCUCUGUAUACCACGCCUUCAGCAGCCUCUGUUAUUUCACUCCCAUCCUGGGAGCAGCCAUUGCUGACUCAUGGUUGGGAAAAUUCAAGACAAUUAUCUAUCUCUCCUUGGUGUAUGUCCUUGGCCAUGUGAUCAAGUCCCUGGGUGCCUUACCAAUACUGGGGGGACAUAUGAUACACACCGUCCUGUCAAUGGUCGGCUUGAGUCUAAUCGCUUUGGGGACAGGAGGUAUCAAACCCUGUGUGGCAGCUUUUGGUGGAGAUCAGUUUGAAGAAAAACAUGCAGAGGAACGGACUAGAUACUUCUCAGUCUUCUACCUCUCCAUCAAUGCAGGGAGCUUGAUUUCUACAUUUGUCACACCCAUGCUGAGAGGAGAUGUGCAGUGUUUUGGAAAAGACUGCUAUGCAUUGGCUUUUGGAGUUCCAGGAAUGCUUAUGAUAAUAGCUCUUGUUGUGUUUUCAAUGGGGAGCAAAAUAUACAAAAAACCACCUCCAGAAGGAAACAUAGUGACUCAAGUUGUCAGAUGUAUCUGGUUUGCUAUUUCCAACCGUUUCAAGAACCGUUCUGGGGACAUUCCAAAGCGAGAGCACUGGUUGGACUGGGCAUCUGAGAAAUACUCAAAGCAGCUCGUUAUGGAUGUGAAGGCACUGACCAGGAUACUGUUCCUUUAUAUCCCAUUGCCCAUGUUCUGGGCUCUUUUGGAUCAGCAGGGCUCACGGUGGACCUUGCAAGCCACCAGGAUGAAUGGGAAUUUGGGUUUUUUUGUGCUUCAGCCCGACCAGAUGCAGGUGUUAAACCCCUUUCUGGUUCUUAUCUUCAUCCCAUUGUUUGACCUUGUGGUUUAUCGGCUGGUUGCCAAGUGUGGAAUUAACUUCACAUCACUUAGAAAAAUGGCUGUUGGUAUGAUCCUAGCAUGCCUGGCAUUUGCAGUUGCUGCUGCUGUAGAGAUAAAAAUUAAUGGAAUGGCCCCACCGCAGCCAGAUUCCCAAGAGGGUUUCCUGCAAGUCUUGAAUCUGGCAAAUGAUGAGGUGAAGGUGACAGUGCUGGGAAAUGAAAACAGUUCUCUGUUGGAAGAGUCCAUCAAAUCCUUUCAGACAAUGCCACACUAUUCCAAACUGCACCUGAAGACAAAAAGAGAGGAUUUCCAUUUCCAACUGAAAUAUCACAAUUUGUCUGUCUACACUGAACAUUCUGUGGAAGAGAAGAAAUUGUAUACUCUGAUCAUUCGAGAAGAUGGGAAAAGCAUUUCCAGCAUGAUGGUGAAGGAUGCAGAAUCCAGAGCAACCAACGGGAUGACAGCCAUGAGGUUUGUUAACACUUUGCAUGAAGAGGUCAACAUCUCCCUGGGUACGGAUACCUCCUUCAGUGUUGGUAAAGACUAUGGUGUGUCUGCUUACAGAACUGUGCAAAGAGGAGAAUAUCCUGUGGUGCACUGUAGAACAAAAGAUGAGAACUUUUCACUGAAUUUGGGUCUACUAGACUUUGGUGCGGCUUAUCUGUUUGUUAUUACUAAUAGCACCGGUCAGGGUCCUCGGGUCCAGAAGAUUGAAUACACCCCAGCUAACAAAAUGUCCAUCGCUUGGCAGCUACCACAAUAUGCCCUUGUUACAGCCGGAGAGGUCAUGUUCUCUGUCACAGGACUUGAGUUUUCUUAUUCUCAGGCUCCCUCUAGCAUGAAAUCUGUACUUCAGGCAGCCUGGUUGUUGACUGUUGCAGUUGGGAAUAUCAUCGUUCUUAUUGUGGCACAGUUCAGUGGCCUGGUACAGUGGGCCGAAUUCAUUUUGUUUUCCUGCCUCCUGCUGGUGGUCUGCCUGAUCUUCUCCAUCAUGGGCUACUACUAUAUUCCUAUAAAGCCAGAGGAUAUUCAGGGGUCAGCAGAUAAGCAGAUUCCCCAAAUCCAGGGGAACAUGAUCAACUUGGAGACCAAGAAGACAAAGCUCUAAUGACUGCAUGGACUCCGCCCAGACUCUAGUUCCUGCCUCUGGUCUUGGCCAUCACCCAUCUUCAAGCAUUUUUCACUCCAAUUUGGUUAGAAGAGAGAAGUAGUAUCACCUCUGAGCUGAUCUCCUCUCCUUUUCUCCCAUGACAGAGGCAGUUCUAGGACUGGGUUUGUUCAGUACAUUAAAGAAAGGCCCCUGAGACUCUGUGUUUCUCAUCUAUCAGUGAACUCAGUAAACCUUGUAUAGUGUUGCUAAAGCUGGCCUGUUUUCUGCAAAUGGCCAUGGAAAACACAAACGUAUAAUUGAGAUUAGCCUCUGUGUUUCUCAAAAGUUAUGUAGGAAUGCCUAUACCUGCCAUUUAGAACUGAUGAUCCCACUUUUCGAAGUGGUGAUACAGGGUCAAAAUUGCAGAGUAACAGAGAAAUGGCAUUUCAGGUUUCUUCAUUAGCAGUGUUAACUGCACAGUUUACAAGGACCUCAAGAAUUGGUAUGUCUGGUAUGAUCUUGUCCGAGGGCUGGUUUGUCAGCUAUCCAGGUUUGAUAAGAACUUAGUAAGUUUUUCAGUGCAGUUAGUAGGAGACAAAAUGGCAUAUUAUUAACACACAGAAGA